CUUCUUAACAUGAUGAGUCCCAGGUGGGGGUGGGUGCUCAGCACUGCUCCCUGUCUGCAGUCCCUGGCAUGCUCCAGUACUGCCUGGUUUGCUUGGCUGCUCAGCAGGACGUGAAGUCUUUUGCCCCUGAGUAGACCCAGCUCCAGGGCUCAUGGAUGGGGAGGCCUCACUGGAAAGCUACCUGGAUGAGUGCACAAGCCAGGAUGACCUUUCAUCAACUUGUCCUCAGCUAUUUGCUCCCAUGAGCCCUUAUGACACGGAUCUACCGAUUCAUUCAGUUGAAGAUGCGUUGUUCAGUUCUCAUCUUAACCAGUCCAAAGAGCUUUCUACAGAUUUUUCUUCUGUGGAUCUCGGCUUUCUCCCAGAUGAUAUUAACCAAGAAAAUGAAGAACAAACUUUUUCUGAGGAUGGUCAUGAAACAAAGGAAGAUAAAAAUGUGUUACCAGCAGAAGAGCAAGAUAGUGGCAUUGUCGUGGAUGAGAGCAAUCUGCCACAAGUGGGCUGCACCAAUGUAACCCAGCCAUCGCCUGACACUUCUGGUGUCUAUCCCCCCUUGACACCCAUGACUCCUAUGACCCCAAUGACCCCUGUCUCAGAAAGCUCUGGCAUUGUUCCUCAGUUACAGAAUAUAGUGUCUACUGUAAACUUGGCUUGUAAGCUAGAUUUGAAGAAUAUAGCUCUGCAUGCCAGAAAUGCAGAGUAUAAUCCAAAGAGGUUUGCUGCAGUGAUCAUGAGAAUCAGAGAACCAAGAACAACUGCCCUUAUAUUCAGUUCAGGGAAGAUGGUCUGCACGGGAGCAAAAAGUGAAGAGCAGUCACGACUUGCAGCGAGGAAGUAUGCACGUGUGGUACAGAAGCUUGGGUUUCCUGCCAAGUUCCUGGACUUCAAAAUACAGAAUAUGGUUGGCAGUUGUGAUGUGAGGUUCCCAAUCCGCCUGGAAGGACUGGUUCUAACUCACCAGCAAUUCAGCAGUUAUGAACCAGAACUAUUUCCUGGGCUUAUUUACAGAAUGGUCAAACCAAGGAUUGUGUUGCUUAUCUUUGUUUCUGGAAAAGUUGUAUUGACUGGUGCUAAAGAACGUUCUGAAAUCUAUGAGGCAUUUGAAAACAUCUAUCCUAUUCUAAAGGGUUUCAGGAAGGCAUCUUAAUACAGCUUGUCAGAAGACUAGAAGGAAUGUGUGAGUUUGUAUGGUCAUGCAUACAGCAAAUGUAAGAGCGUUUCUGAACCAAAAUACACAGUUCUGGCUUAUCAAGUGGAUAAAGCCAUUUUGAACAAAUGGAACAAAUAAGACUACUUAUAGUUACAUAUUUUGCUGUAAGAUUUGAGUUCCAUAUGAGUUUGGUCUGUUUUUGUAGAGCUCUAUUGAAUUCACACUAAGGAGAGCUGUUUUUGAACAAGAAUAUAAGCUAGGACCAUUGCACUUACAAGCCAUUUCAUAAUGUUUGUAAUAAACCCAAUGUGUGCUUCUUCAGUAGAAUGGAGCUGGUGCCAUAAUGCAGUUUUGUUGAAAUGUC